ACCUGCAGGAGGAAGAACAGAGCCUUUGAUGUGGAUCAGUCCUCGGAGCUGGACCAAUCCAAUUAGCCCCUCCUCCCCCCCACUCGUCGCUCUCAUCCCUUCAGUCCUGCUCAGACCUGGACUUCUCGGCUCCAGCCCGCUUCCAUGAGGUUCCUUUUCGGGCUCCAGGAUGUGGAUCUGCAGCAGCCGCCGCUCUCUCGGCUCGGAUGAGGACUCAGCGGCGGGAGGAGCGGGUCGGAACCGGGACAAGUGAGAGCCUGGACCAGGAGAGGGGCAGAAAGUUCGGCUUUGCCCAGGUAUCAUCAGGUUCUGCACAGUUAUGGACCUCAGCAGGACCACACCAGCCUGAUCAGAACCAGGAGAGCUGAGCACAGAUCUGAACCAGGCCCACGGCCCACUGGGACCACCGUUAGGGGUCAGACAGGGUCAGAGUCCGGCAGCAGGGAGGCAGACUCAUCAUGACUGACAGGGUGAGCGUCAGCACCUCCAAAGCCACCCCUCGGCCCGUCGUGCCCCCCAUGCUCCCCCCCGAGCCCAUCAACAUCAUCCGUACCAAAGCCCGCUCCCGGAGGGUCCGGCUCAACGUGGGGGGGCUCACUCAUGAAGUGCUUUGGAGGACACUUGACCGGCUGCCCCGAACCCGUCUGGGACGGCUGCGAGACUGUAACACCCAUGAGUCCCUGCUGGAGAUCUGCGACGACUACAGUCUGACCGACAACGAGUAUUUCUUCGACCGACACCCCGUGGCCUUCUCCUCCAUCCUCAACUUCUACAGAACAGGGAAGCUGCACAUGAUGGAGGAGAUGUGCGCCCUGUCCUUCGGCCAGGAGCUGGACUACUGGGGCAUUGACGAGAUCUACCUGGAGUCCUGUUGUCAGGCCCGCUACCACCAGAAGAAGGAGCAGAUGAACGAUGAGCUGAGGAGGGAGGCGGAGACUUUGAGAGACAAGGAUGGAGAAGAGGAGGAGCAGGGCUGCUGCCCCGAAAAGAGACAGAAACUCUGGGAUCUGUUAGAGAAGCCCAGCUCCUCUAUAGCUGCGAAGAUCCUGGCCAUGGUCUCCAUCCUGUUCAUCAUCAUUUCUACCAUCUCAUUAUCCCUCAACACUCUGCCGGAGCUUCAGGUUGCAGAUGAAUUUGGUCAGUUCAAUGACAACCCCACUCUAGCCCAUGUGGAAGCUGUUUGCAUUGCCUGGUUCACCAUGGAGUACCUGCUUCGCCUGCUGUCAGCACCCAACAAGUGGGAUUUUAUCAAAGCACCACUGAACAUCAUCGACCUAUUGGCUAUACUGCCUUAUUAUGUGACCCUUUGCCUGACCGAGUCUAACAAGAGUGUGAUGCAGUUCCAGAACGUGCGUCGUGUGGUCCAGAUCUUUCGUAUCAUGAGGAUUCUGAGAAUUUUGAAACUGGCCAGGCACUCAACUGGACUCCAGUCCUUGGGCUUCACUUUGAGAAGGAGCUACAAUGAGCUGGGCCUCCUCAUCCUCUUUUUAGCUAUGGGUAUCAUGAUCUUCUCUAGCUUGGUGUUCUUUGCUGAGAAGGAUGAGGAUUCCACCAAAUUCACGAGCAUUCCUGCCUCUUUUUGGUGGGCUACCAUCACAAUGACGACUGUUGGUUAUGGAGACAUUUAUCCACAAACACUGCUAGGCAAGAUUGUAGGAGGGCUCUGCUGUAUAGCAGGUGUGUUAGUCAUUGCUCUUCCCAUUCCAAUUAUCGUCAACAACUUCUCAGAGUUUUACAGAGAGCAGAAACGGCAAGAGAAAGCCAUCAAGAGAAGGGAAGCUCUGGAACGAGCCAAACGAAGCGGAAGUAUUGUUUCCAUUAACGUAAAAGAUGCAUUUACACGUGGCAUGGAGCUCACAGAUGUGUUGGUGGAAAAAAGAGAAGAAAACAAAUGUCCUGUUGACAACCAUCUGUCCCCCAGUCGGUGGAGUUACCACAAACACUACUCAAACAGCGAGGGUGGUAGCCCAGUCAGGUCCCAGGUAUAUCGAGAGGUCACUCAGCAGGGCUCCCCUGAACGGGUCAAAUCCCCUUCUAACAAGUCUUCCUCUCAAGAUCUCAGUGCAAAGCAGCUGGAAAAUCCUUACAAGUCAGCUGGACUCCAGGAACAACAGAGCAAACCCACGGAAGAACAGAAAAAGGUGAACGCUUCGGCCUCUAUCCAAGUCAGACAAAGUCCUCCUAAAGGCAGCAAUCCUGGCAAAGUUUCCAGUGCGGUAGAUCCUGCUUCAUCAGAAAAAGCAGAAAGAAGCUCCCUACUACCCACCGCUGAAGGGGGUCCCAUUAGUUUUAGGCAGCGUGUCCCCCCACCCCUGGACUUAAGUCAAAUCAGCACCAUGGAUCGGGGACCGGACUGCGUCCGACCAAUGACCAUGAUCAAAGAGGGUUUGUAUGAGUUUGAGUCCACUCCACAAAAAAGUGCAACUGGAGACAAACGUUUGGUGAGCCGUGAGAUGGUCUGUGACAGCACGUGUGGCUCUGUGCAGGACUUUAGCAGCCCUCAAACAAAGAGAGCGCUGAAGGUUGACUUCAUCAGAGCUGAAGAAGAUAUCCUUAUGGCUGUGAUGAGUCCAGCUUCCACCGACUCCAAGUGUGACCAAGUAUUUUAUGACGACACAGUGUCAGUGUGUUCUAAGUCUCACAGUUCUCUAACGGGUGAGGCUAAGACUCUGCAAACAACCUGUCCAGCCUCAUCACUGGGGCAGCAGUCGGGCACUUCAAGCAGGCCUCAGGGGGGUGGAGAGGGCUCAGCGGCCAGGAGCUUAGAAGGUGAAGUGCAGCUCACGGGCUUAAGCCAUCAUGGAAGGAAUCACAUGGAGCGGUCUGCUGUCGGCUCCAGCAGCAGCUCCAGCCCACUGCCAUUUAAAACUAGCCUGGUCAACUGCACCCAGGAGGUAGGAACUGUAGGGCUGGAGGACGAUGCAAGGCCAGGACAGAAAGGGGACAAACAAGAAAAUCACAUUGUUCUAGAUGGAAGCUUAACAUCUCAGAGUGAAACCAGCAUGUGAGCUGAAGAGUACGGGUCAUCAGACAGGGACAAAAUGAACCGACAGAAACACACUCACCUGCUGGGAGCUUUGUUCCUGUUGGUCCUCUGAAGCCCAAUACCUGACAUCGCUGUCAAGAAGCAAACUUUAUGAACACGUGAAGGACUUGAACCCACUGUGAGGCACAUGUGCACUUGUCUUGGUGUUGUUUAACAUUGUCGAGCAGCGUGGAGAGACUGGUCUAGCCCUGGAACACUUUGGUAUCCUGCAGGGCUCCAGAAGGGACCCCGGCUGGAAGAGCGUGACCCUGAGACUGGACUAAAGCUGCUCCAUCAGGAGCAGGUUUUCUGCAGGACUCUGUAGGUGCAGUUUUCAGGUUCCCUUUGCUUGCUGCCCAGCACUGCUGUCAUAAUGUGCUAAACAUACACAAAAGAGUCAUCAGGUUGAAAGAAACUUAUGUUUUACAUUUUUCACAGCAACUUAAAAAAAUUAUUUAAAACAAUUAGAACUGUUUAUGAGCUGAGCACAUAGCGUGGUGUAGUCUGAGGAUUUGUGCAUCUGAACAAUGUGUUUUAUGAAUUUUCCAGGUUUUUGUUGUCUUUCUUGUUUUGUUUUGUUUUUCUGAGCUUUGUGAAACCUGCUCUGACAGCUGGGUUUUAAAAACACAAAAAGAAAAAAAGUAGAUAUAAUUUUUUUGUUCACCACAUUUCAAAAAGAUCAUUUUCUGACAAGUUAAUCCUUCUAGGUAACAGUAUUGAACACAUUUAACGCAGCAGGUGAAACGGUUGACAAACCAUGUGUUUUAUUCUGAGAGAAGCUCCUGGUGAGCUGAAGAAUUGGCCGAUCAUGAAUGACUACAUGUUUAACAGAUCAGGAGUGUAAAAACUGAACGCAGUCCGAGAACUGGUGAAGAGCCCACACACCUUUGUUUGGUCUCUGUGAGACUAAUGUCUUAUCAAAAGAUCCUUUCACUUUUUCUUAACAUGGCUCUUGUUCUGUAGUUUUUACUACGUUUAUGUCAGUAAUAAAAUGAGUCACACACUAAGCUCUUA